AUGAUAACCAGACCAUACUCGACGAACAGUGGACCUGAACUCUCGCGUUCCAAAGCUAGCCCACUACGGCUACUUGUCCUCACGUUCGACGCCUUCUCCACCCUCUUCCAUCCGCGUCGCCCUGUUCCUGAACUAUACACCUCUGUCGCGCAUUCAUUUGGAUUGCCACCCUCCGUCGUCACUCCUACAAAGCUUCAGAGCGCGUUCAAGGAGGCCUUCAAGGCACAGAGCAAAAGAUAUCCCAACUAUGGACGCGAAGAGGUGUUGCGUGGACGGUAUGGCGGCCCUCGAGAGUGGUGGAGUGAUGUGAUCCAGGCGAGCUUUGCCAAAGUCCUAGGAGAGGAUAAUGGGAAAGUGGCGAAGCUACCGGAUGGCAUGGUAGAGUCUCUACUGGACCUAUUUGCGAGCCAGAAGGGCUACGCUCUGUACGAGGAUGUUGCGCCUCUGUUUCGGAAGCUGUCAGAGUUCAAAAGAAGUGCUGUCUUUGACCGUGUCAUCACUGGGGUAAUCUCCAAUUCUGACGACCGUGUCCCUGCCGUGUUGAAGUCCCUGGGUUUGAAGGUGGGUGAUGUCCGUGCAGAUCAGGGUCGAUCGAGUAUGGAAUUGCCAGGAUUCGAAGAGAGGAAGAAAAUCACCGGGGAGGCGGAACUCAGUCAAGACAAUAAUGAUAUUGAUAUGAUCAUUACGAGUUAUGAGGCUGGUGAAGAGAAGCCGCACAGGCUGAUCUUUGACGUUGCGAGGCAACAAGCGAAAGCCUUUGUUACGACUCAUGAUCUGACAUUGCCAUCUGACAUUCAAGGCGACCGUGCCCGGUGGUUCUGCAUACAUGUUGGAGAUGACUACGAUAAGGAUUACAAGGGUGCUGUCAACGCCGGAUGGGACAGUUUUCUGCUCCCUCGGGACGGUCAUACCCCCGAAAUUGAGCAGGUGAAAAUGAUCAGUACGCUAAGUGACUUGAUACCGGAACUAGAAAGAUAUGCUAGCGAUUGA